UUUGCCCUGGAUCCAGGGCGCUUUCACGUGAGAUCGCGAUCCUCUUGCAAGGCUGGUCUGCGCGUAGCUGCCGGCUGCACCACACUACCGCGCUCCGGUAGUGGAAGGCUGCAGCGACCGCCGCACGCGCGCCUUGCAAGCGCUUAGCCUUCCCUCACCAGCUGCAGCGCAAAUGGCGAAAAGGGCGUCGAUACCGCUGCUCCUGCUUGCGGCGCUGAUCGGCAGCGCCGCCGCGGCGCCGCGCGCGCCGCUGGCGCUGCACUUUUUCGCUGCUUUGGCAUGCGGCGGGGUCCGCGCGCUCGUCGCGCGGCCACGCUACGUACGACGACCAGUCACGCGCCUGCGCUCGACCAUUGACGACACGGACAUCGACGUGGACGCGCGCAUCCUCCAGGCGAAGCAGGACCUGCUGGAGCGCGUCUAUGCCGGCGAGGCAGGCGUCCCCGUCGGCGAGCCACCCGUGUUGGUAAGUGGAGACCCCUGCGACGAGGAGGCUAUUAUCUGUGAGGUCGACGAGGACGUGUCGGAGCCGGGCCACGUCACGAGCUUCGAGACCGCGGCGGCGAUGACCGCGGCGGCCGCCAUCCCCCUGCCCGACAAGGAAGUCGUUUUUAUGGAUGCUCUGAAGGAGACCGUGGAUGUGGAAGGCAUCGCCGGGACCGUCGGGGACGGCAUCGCGCUGCUGUUCGGCGACACGGUGCGGCGGCGGCUGUGGACGCGCGCGGAUUAUGCGCACAUCCAUGCGGUAUCAGGGGCGUACUUCAUGGUGCUCGGGUUUUUGUGGCUAUUUACCUCUCAUGCUUUGUUGGCCAUGGAUCCUUCCGCGCCCCUGUCGUGGCACCUCGACAAGCCUCUGGAGGCAUCCAUAGUGGUGUCGGGCGCCGUCAACGCGGUAAGCGCAGUACCCAUGGCGCGCUUCUCGUCGAACAAGCUCCUAGACAUGUCCGACCUCAAGGCGAACGGCUUCACCUUUGGGGGUGCUGGUUUAACCUUGAUGUCCUGCUGGUGCGCGUGGUGGUUUAGUGGCGGAUAUCCGUCCUUCCUCCUCCCGGCGGGACCAUUGUUCUUCUUAGUCUGGACGUUAGUGUGCGUCGGCACGACGGUGAACUGGGAGGUGAUGCUGCAGCAGAACUUCGAGGCGAACAGCGAGGGUGGGUCGAAAAAAGCCAUCGCCGGCCAGCGCAAGCUCAAGAAGAUGUCCCAGGACGAGUUGAACGAGAAGGCGUUACUCUACAGAUUGGCGUCGUGGCCGAACCUGACCCAGCUAUUGUUCUUAUAUAGCAUUUCGACGCCCGACGCGUCGGUCUGGUGGUCGCAGGUGACGCAACAGUACCCGCUGCAGGGGGUCAUGCUCUACCACUACGGGUAUGCUUCUGCCCUUGGUUAUGCCUUGUCCAUGUUCUCUGAAACUCUCAGAGAUAGGAAACUAGUCAGUCUGCGCGUGGACCUGAUCAUCCUCCUGAUCGGCGUCUUCCUGCCGAUGGUGUCCGUGGCGUUUGACGCCGCGUGCCUGGGCGACGCGGUGACGAUCAAGCCCUGGGAGUACUGGCGCCAGUUCCAGGGCUGGUGAUCGAGAAUUCCUACCCCCCAAUGACGCUCCGCUCUGUUAAAGUUUUCGGAU